AUCGGGUUGAUGAAUAAGCUGCUUCGGUAUUUUUUUUUGAAAAUCAUUGUUUUUUUAAAUAAGGAACAAUCAGGCAAGAGUUUAUAUCUGAAUUCGACGAACGAACAAUACCAUCCUGGACUUCCAUACACAUUGUUCAGACAAUUUGUUAUCUAAAUAGUACCUGCAGAAUUAUAGGAGUGAUACUUUAAAAAUUAUCAGCUUACUACGUGGAUGAAAUAGGCAUUAGAUAAUAGUUUAUCAGUCUUGUUACCUUGCAUUUAUAAGCACUUGACUUGAUCGAGAAAGUAAUCGAAUCGUUCAGUCUUAUGUAAAAGGUGUACUGUAGUAGCUAUGCAGAAAAUUGUAAUAUUCGGAGGUACUGGCAUGACCGGUCAGUGCACUGUAAAAUAUGCCCUGGAAAAAGGGCUCCAAGUGCGAUUGAUGGUACGAAAUGAAGCCACCCUACCGGAUGCAUUCAAGGGUCAAGUGGAAGUAGUGUCUGGAGAUGUAACAAAUAGCACCGAUGUGGCCAAUGCUGUCCAGGGGCAAGAUCUCGUGUGUGUUGCUUUGGGAACGCGCAAUGAUUUGCAACCAACGACUGUUUUGUCCACUGGAAUGCAAAACAUAGUCGACGCCAUGAAGGCUGUGGGUCUCCGGAAAGUUUCCGUUUGUCUCUCGUCAUUCCUGUUUUUCAAGCCCGACAAAGUUCCAAAAAUGUUCAUCGACCUGAACGCCGAACACAAGAAAAUGUUGGACAUCAUUAAAGCAUCUGGACUGGAGUACCGUGCCGUCUUUCCGCCGCACAUUGCAGACGAACCUUCGGGAGAAUACGUGACGGCAUUCGACAAAUCUCCCGGAUUGACACGUUCGAUUUCCAAGUACGAUUUAGGAAAAUUUUUGGUUGAAUCGUUAUUUGAUGAGCAAUAUGCUGGCAAACAAAUUGGAUUGUGUACGAAACCCAGUUGCUGAACAUUUGAUAGAAUAUUAAUAAAAAUUUUACAAUAAGAAUUGUUUUGUUAAAAAAAAAGUUAAUCCAAUUACUCUUGAUUAAAAAUCAUAGUCGAGAUUCUGAGGAACGCUUAUGAGUUUGAGUGAAUUUGAAUUUUAAUAUGAAAUUUCUAUCUUAGGUACUGGUAGCGUAAAUUGGCUAGCUUUCAAUACAAUCGUCGAUUGAAUCGAAAACAUUUGAGUAUAUUUGAGAACAUUUGAGAAAAGAUCCUAUUUUUUUCAUAAUAGCAGUAAUAGUUCGACGGAGCGUGCGGUAGAAAGAAAGUAAUGGAACAAAAGGUUGAUAGAGUCAAAACAGAAUGGGACAAGACAAAUUAGGUAAAGGAAUGUUAUUGCAGCAACGCUUAAGAAGUGUACCAUUGCUCUUUACCCAAGCUGGGAGAUCCGCUAACCGAACUGGCUCCAAAUAUAACUUGGGUCGAUGAGGGUAAUUUUUUUUCAAUAUCAUUAUGACUCAUUCACUAGACUGACUCAGUUUGAAUUGCGUUCAAAUAAAAUUAGGUUUGAGUUUGAAGUAAACUCUGUUUCUGUUCAAAAAACUGUCUCCUUGUCAUUAAUUUUACACCGUAUUAACCUUCUAAGUUGAAGCCAAAUAAAGACAAAAUUGAAGUAAUAAACAAAACAAACAUAUUUUAGAAAUUGCAAUUAUUGCAUUAAAACAAUGAGAAAAUGAUGAAAAGUAAAAAACAUGAGAACCCUUACAAAGAAAUAUGCUAGGAGUAACCCAUGCAAAAUCGAGAAACAAUUAGUUAUAUGUUGAAAUACAAAAGGGAUAAACUGCUUGAGAAAUAAAAUAUAUUGCGAUAUCGAAAACGUUUAGUGUAGCAAAUAUAAUCGAAAACUAAUUCAAAGUAGAACAAAAGCGAAAAAAAAACUACUAAAAGAUUAAAUCGAUAGAGAAUACAAAAAAUCAAAAUUGACGCCACAUCGUCAUUAAAUUUUGAGAUGCUCAAAC